AGAAGAGGAGGAGUGAGGAAGGAUGGGGGAGCAGCAGGAAAUGUUUGUGUGGUUUAAAUCCGAACCAGAGUCUCUUCUGAAAGCAGUCAGCGAGUCCAGGAGGAGAUUCAGCAGCAACAUGGUCAGCCGAGUGGAACAUCCUGCUGCAGGUUACCAGAAGAUCUUUGAGACGGUGGAGGAACUAAAUGAACCGAUUUCUGCAGAAAUAACUGGUGUUUUCCCGUCAUGGCUCAGAGGAAGCGUCCUCCGGAUGGGUCCGGGUCUUUUCGAGAUCGGGGACAAACCGUUCCACCAUUUGUUUGACGGACAAGCUCUGAUCCACAAGUUUGACCUGAAGGGUGAUCAGGUGACAUACUUCAGAAAGUUCAUCAGGACGGAUGCAUAUGUUCGGGCCAUGACAGAAAACCGGGUCGUCAUCACAGAGUUCGGCACCGCUGCCUAUCCAGACCCCUGCAAAAACAUUUUCUCCAGGUUCUUUACGUACUUCAGAGGCAUUGAAGUGACAGAUAACUGCUUAGUAAACGUUUAUCCGAUCGGCGAGGAUUUUUACGCCGUCACAGAGACAAACUUCAUCACCAAAGUGGAUCCAGAUUCACUGGAGACACUGAAGAAGGUGGAUCUGUGUAAAUAUCUGUCCAUUAACGGAGUCACAGCGCAUCCCCACGUUGACGCAGACGGUUCGCUCUACAACAUCGGGAACUGCUUUGGCAAAAACAUGAGUCUGGCGUACAACAUCGUCAAGAUCCCGCCGGCACAGAAAGAUAAAUCAGAUCCCAUUGAGAAAUCCCAAGUUGUGGUCCAACUACCCAGCAGUGAAAGAUUAAAGCCUUCCUACAUCCACAGUUUUGGUAUGACUGAGAACUACUUUGUGUUUGUGGAGCAGCCGGUGAAGAUCAACCUGCUCAAGUUUCUGUCGUCUUGGAGCGUCAGAGGAGCGACGUACAUGGACUGCUUUGAAUCCAACGAAAACAUGGGGACGUGGUUCCACUUGACGACUAAGGAUCCUGCAGGUUAUAUGACAAACCACAAAUUCAGAACCUCGGCUUUCAACCUGUUUCACCACAUCAACGCCUACGAAGACCAGGGAUUCAUCGUGGUCGACCUCUGCACGUGGAAAGGGCAUGAUUUUGUGUACAACUACCUGUACCUGGCAAACCUGAGGCAGGAGUGGGAGGAGGUAAAGAAAGCGGCGAUGCGUGCGCCUCAGCCGGAGGUCAGGCGAUACGUUCUGCCGUUGGAUAUUCACAGGGAAGAACAAGGCCGAAACCUUGUGUCUCUGUCCUACACAACAGCAACUGCCGUCCUCCACAGCGACGGAUCCAUCUGGCUGGAGCCUGAAGUUCUGUUCUCUGGACCGAGACAGGCCUUCGAGUUUCCACAGAUUAACUACUCCAAGUGUUGUGGAAAGAAAUACUCAUUUGCAUAUGGCCUCGGACUCAACCACUUCAUCCCUGACAGGAUCGUCAAGCUUAAUGUCCAGACCAAAGAGACAUGGGUGUGGCAGGAGGAAGACUGUUACCCAUCAGAGCCGCUGUUUGUUCCCACACCUGGAGCCACGAAGGAAGACGAAGGCGUGUUGCUGAGUGUGGUGGUGAAGCCGGGCGCAGAGAGACCAGGUUUCCUGCUGGUUCUGGACGCCAUGAUGCUAACGGAGCUAGCUAGGGCCGAAGUCAACGCCGUCAUCCCCGUCACUUUACACGGGACGUACAAACCGCCUUCACCCUAAACACACCAGUUAAUCCCCGUUUUAUAGUUAUUG